AUGGCCGAUACCGCCGCCGCUGGACAGGCCGAGAAGGUCUGGCUCGCCUCCAACGACAAUGCCCUCAUCGAAGUUGACCGUGACGUGAUCGAGCGCUCCGUCCUUAUCAAGAACCUGCUCGGCGACACGGACGCCAAGUCGACCAAGGAGGCGCCCAUCCCCAUCCCCAACGUCAACGAGGCCGUCCUUCGCAAGGUCCUGGAGUGGUGCGAGUGGCACCGCAAUGACCCGCCUCAGGCCCAGGACGAGGAGUCGGAUGCGCGCAAGAAGAGCACUGAUAUUGACGACUGGGACCAAAAGUUCAUGCAGGUUGACCAGGAGAUGCUUUUCGAGAUCAUCCUUGCUUCCAACUACCUGGACAUCAAGCCCCUGCUCGACGUUGGCUGCAAGACCGUCGCCAACAUGAUCAAGGGCAAGUCUCCCGAGGAGAUUCGCAAGACGUUCAACAUCACCAACGAUUUCACCCCCGAGGAGGAGGAGCAGAUCCGGCGCGAGAACGAGUGGGCCGAGGACCGAUAA